AUGAGCAGACUAUAUGUGAAACUACACGAUUGCGGGCAGUUGGUAGAGUGGAAGAAUUUGGUUUAUGGGAAUAACGCGAGACCGAGAGCCAAUUUCAUUUUGUGGCUUGCUUGCCAUGGAAGAUUAGCAACGAAAGACAAAUUGCUUAAGUACGGUAUGAUUGAUAAUAAUGAGUGUUGGUUCUAUGCGAAGGAAGAAACAUUAAACCAUUUAUUUUUUGAGUGUGAAAGUCUAAAGAACGUAUGGAAAGAGAUCCUAAGAUGGGCACAAAUAAACCAUACCCCUGGAAGUUGGCAUAGCAAGGUGAAAUGGCUUAUUCAACAAACUAAAGGUAAAGGAGUCCGAGCUGCAGUCAUAAAAAUGGAAAUAUCUGAGACCAUCUAUGAGAUUUGGAAGGCUAGAAAUAACAAAAAUUUUGGAGAGACGAAUGAGAUCACUACAAUAGGAAGAAAUGUAAUAGAUACUCUGGUGUAUAGAGGAUGGAAUACUAAGAAACUCAUAAAGUAUAUAGCUAUCUUAAUGAUAGAGGGGGGAUAG